CUGGUAUAUUGUGACGGUCAGACACUGACCUCCAAGCAUUGUUUUCACUCCUUGGCAGAUUGGAGUCUCUGAAGCAGCCUGAAACCCCCAACUCAGACUCCCAUAGGCAACAAUCUCCCUCCCUGUCCUGCGCCGAAUCCCCUCUCUCUAGCGUCCCUUCUGAGUCUCCUGAUAUGUUCUCCAACCUUCACUCCUCCCUGGCUCCACCUAAGACACGGAGGAGCACCUCUGAAUCCCCCUGCAGCAGCACUGAGAACCUGGCUGCCAUAGGAUCUUCCCCUAUCGGAUCUGAGAGGAAGCGGCCAGCUCCUCUGCCCCCCAGCCCAAUGGAACUGCAUAGCCAUGGAAAUCCCAAUGCAGGCUCCAGAAGUGUGUCUGCUAAAUGUGGCUCUCUUGUGACAAUUAAGGAGGUUGAGGCCAAAAGACCUCCUCUACCUCUUCCUGACUAUGAUCGCCUGUUCCCACAGAAGAGGCAUGGAGUACAAGGACAGACUCAAUGGGACAAUAUCAUUGCAGAAGUGAAUCAGAGACAGCAGGAAUACACAUCUCAGCUCAUUGGAGAAGAGAUGAGUGUGGAUGGCCCAGGCCUCGACUCCCCAGCACCUCCACACAAUGACAAAUAUUCAUACUUGAAGGAGAGGGCAGCAGAACGCCUUAACCAGCAACAGACACAAGUUCAGGAAGUUCAAUCUUCGUCUUGGAGGAGAGUGGGGCCCAACAGUUCGCCAGCGCUCAUCCCCCCUCCCAAACCUGGAGCUGCAGCCCCCCCUAGACUAGUGAUAGACUCAAACAAAAAGCAAGGCCAGAACACUGCACAGGCUAAUCCAUCUGUUGAAAGACACAACGCCUUCGUCUCCAAAGUCUUGGGCUCUACAAAUCCUAUGGCUCAAAGCAGCAACGUACCCUCAGUGAAACCUUGGGAGGAUGCAAGGAAGGUGCCUAAAACAUCAGUUGCUUUAGCCAGUGAAGGCCAUUCUGUUCUCCCAAUAGAACAGCCUACUAGACUUACAUUAAGAGAAGUUUUGGUGUCAAGUUGUACAGAUGUACCUAAAGGACUGCCAAACACUCUCAAAGAGAUCCCCGCAACCAAACCCAGACAAAGGUUAACCAGCAAAGAGCCAGUGAGACGAGUGGAUCCUGAGCCAAAAGCAGCAGAGUCUACUACCAAUGUACAGCAGGAGAACAGGUCAGAAAUGAGGGCAGCCUCCACACCGGACUUCAUAGACAUGAGAGUGAGUAUUCCUGUCAUGGCAAAGAACACUGGGGUAACUGCUAACAGUGAAAAGCAACCCUCAUCUGACUCUGUAGAAAGCGACAUUAACAAAAAACAACUGGAACGCAUUAUGAAAGAGAGAUUUUCUGAGCCUGACCCUUUUCCCAUUGCGGAGGUCCUGCCUAAAUACCCAUGGGCUCAACCAGAGCAGAGCCACAGUGGAGAUGACCUGUUCUCUGGAGGACCACAGAAAGAGGACAAGCUUGAAGAACUGGGAAUGAAAACUGAUGACUUGGAUAAACAUUUUACGCCAAACAAUUCAACAGAUCCGUCCUCCAGUUGUAAUGACAGUGACUCAGAAAAGCAUCAAGAGGAGGAAAAACCAGAAGAGCCCAGUCCUACUUUUCAAAGGGGAUUUUCGCAAAGGAAAAAGGAACGCGCAGACUUCAACCCCCCAGCACCUCCACUUAAUGACAAAUAUUCCUACUUGCAGGAGAGGGCAGCAGAACAGCUAAACCAGCAACAGACACAAGUUCAGGAAGUUCAAUCUUGGAGGAGAGUGGGGCCCAACAGUUCACCAGAGCUUAUCCCCCCUCCCAAACCCCAUAGACUAGAGGCAGACUCAAACAAAAAGCAAAGCCAGAGCACUGCACAGAAUAAUCCAUCUGUUGAAAGACACAGCACCUUCGUCUCCAAAGUCUUAGUCUCUACAAAUCCUAUGGCUCAGAGCAGAGACGUACCCUCAGUGAAACCUCGGGAAGAUGCAAGGAAGGUGCUUAACACAUCUGUUUCGUCAGCCAAUGAUGGCAAAUCUGUUCUCCCAAUAGAAAAGCCUAAUAGACCUGCACCGCAAGUUUUGGUGUCAAGUUCUACAGAUGAACCUAAAGGACUGCCAGACACUCCCAAAGAGAUCCCCUCAGCCAAAUUCAGACAAAGUUUAGACAGCAAAGAGCAAGCAGAUCCUGAGCUAACAUCAGCAGAGCAUACAACUGUACAGCAGGAGAACAGAUCCGAGAUGAGGGCAGUCUCAACCCCGGACAUCAUGGAAAGUAGUCCAACGAUGGCUAAAGCUACUGACUCUGUAGAAGGAGACAUUAACAAAAAACAACUGGAACUCAUUAUGAAAGAGACGUUUGAUGACCCUUUCCCCAUUGCUGAGAUCCUGCCUAAAGACCCAUGGGCCGAACCAGAGCAGAGCCACAAUGGCGAUGACUUGUUCUCUGGAGGACCACAGAAAGACGACAAGCUUGAACAGAGACUGACAACUGAUGACUUGGUUAAGCUUUUUGUGCCAAACAAUCCAACCGAUCUGUUCUCCAGUUGUAACGACAGUGACUCAGAAAAACAUCCAGAGGAAGAAAAACCAGAAGAGCCCAGUCCUGCUUUUCAAAGGGUAUUUUCUCAAAGGAAAAAUAAACGAGCAGCACGUCAGCCUCCAGCUAAUUCGAGCAAUAAAGGAGCCAUGGGAAAGGGUGAGCUGGUUAAACGAGACCCUUCACCCAGAGAAAAUGAGACAAUCAGGUUAGCCACUACAGGAUCUGUCAAACUUGAGCCUCAAGCCAAAAAUACUAGACAGAGAAAUCUCUAUGGUAAAGAAAAGGUAGAAACCCAAGCCAGGAAAGAGAAGUGGACAGCAGACCCUUUUACCUUCUCCCGCAUGUCUUCUGACUUGACUUCUCCUGAGCCUCCCCAGUCAGUAGGUGAGCCCAACCCCCAGGCAGGGGCUGAGGGUAAGACCCUGCUACGGGCCUGGGUCUCAACCUCUGAGGUGCAGCCACUCACUGUUCUGAGUAGCAAUGGAGAUCGGCCAGCCUUAACACCAAUCAGGCCUCACCCAGUGAAGCCCAUGAGCUCCAUGGAGAGCCAUGCUCUCAUCAACACCCCAGUGGUGAGAGAGAUGAAGACCUAUGACAGCUCACUGGGAAAUAUGAAGGCACCUUGUAAGGUGGAGAGUGGGCCCUACACCCAGCUGACCCAGGAAGAGCUGAUUACCCUGGUGGUGAAGCAGCAAACGGAGCUCUCCAAGAAGGACUCCAAGAUCGUUGAGUUGGAGGAGUACAUAGACAACCUGCUGGUGCGCGUCAUCGAGGAGAAGCCCAGCAUCUUGCAAGGCCUCACCUCUCCCAAGCAAGCCCUGUAAGGUGUGAGGAGUGGACCAGGGAACUGUAGGAUGGAGGGAAAGAUUUAGACUUCUACUCCAACAUUCCGUUUAGUUUGUGUGUGGUUUUAUAUUGCUGUCACUGUGUUGGAUCAAGCAAUCUCUAUGAAGGUCUUGUUUCCUUUGCGCAUAUGCACUUUUGUCUCCAUGAGGAGUCAGGCUGUGAUUCAAUUUCCAGGUUUCUUUCAGAAACCAGGAUGCAUGCUGGGAUCCAGCAUGGGAUGCAUGCUGGAAUGCUUUUUUUCUAGAACUAAUUCAUUAAUCAUUCCAGGCUACUAUUAUUUGACCAGCUUUUGCUCUUGUUGUAACACUACGCUACUGGAAUUCCUUUUUAUACUAAUUUACCGUAUGCGCACAUUUCUUGUCUUUGGGUUGGUACUUUUUUUAAUAAACUUUUUAAAUCGUUCUCCUCUUUAGGAAGAAUAGAACUGGAUGCCCUAGGUAUAUUGAUGUACAUUUCAUCAGUGACAUGGAUCUGUCCAGGCCUUUGCACAGUGACUCCAUGGUGCCUACAAUUCAGUGGACUUUAAUUAGCUAGUUAUACUUUGAUAUCUGCUCAUCCCAAAGCCUUAACACAGCGCUUCAAUAAUAAGAUGCUAGUGUUUUUUUGUUGCAUUCUUAAACCUUGAUCUUCUUUCAUUGUUUUCUAGGGCUAUGUUUGUCAUCAUUUUCUUUACAUUAUCAUGACUUGCCUUGGUGCUGCCGCUAUACUUCUUGGUGUAAUCACAGGAGUUAAUACCUGUGAUCUAAUACCAAAUAAAAUGGAUAAUAAUUAUUGUGGGGCUAGGUACAAGUACAUCAACGUUAAUCAGACAGUCCAUGUGGUGUGGUAGGAACAUGUCGGAUAAACAAUGGUCUUAGUGUAGUUAGUUGAAGCAUUAGUGAACCUUUGAUCGGAUUUUCCUGGUUUGAUUGGAAACACUCAUCAGUCAACAUUCCUUACUUCAGUUUCUUGCAUUAGUUACCUUAUUACUUUAGUUGUUUAUCCUACCAUCCCUUUGUUACAUUUUGAAGUCAUGGAUAAGUGUGGCCUAGUGGUUAAGAGCAUUUGGCCAGUAACCGAAAGGUCGCUGGUUCGAAUCCCUCAGCCGGCAAGGUGGAAAGAACUGAUCAUGUUCAUGAGUAAGGAGUGACCUGAUAUUCACCUUUUUUUUUAUAUAUUUAUUUUUAUCUACUGCUGUUGAAUCACUGAUGUACCCACUGUGCAGUCUUUUCUGUCUAUUGUAAAAUAUGUAUGCAAAUAUAAGUGCACAAAUCAUGUCAAAUAUUUAUGCAAGAGUAACUAAGAGUUUAACUUUGAGAAAGAGCUUCCAAUAUAAUUACAUUUUAAAGGAAAUUUAAAAAAUUUACAACUUCAUAUUCAUUUCUAGCACAACCCAAACAUCAACAAACAGUAUGUGAAAAUCGUGUUUCUAUGUUUUGUAGUAAAAAUGAGAGAACUAAGUGUUUCCAAUUACAUCAAACAAUUAGUAGGCAAUGCCAAAUAAUUGGUGCACAAUGAUGUCAUUGAAAACCCAUCUUCCUCUAUCUUUACUACAAACCAUGGAAACGUGCUAUUUUCACAUAUGUUGAUGUUGGGGAGCUGCUGGAGAUGAGGAAUAUGAAGUUGAAAAAUUGUGAAAUUUCCCUUUUUAAGCAUUAUGAAUGUUUCAAAAUUAACCUUGUCCAUGUUAGAUGUAAUGCCUUUGGCACUUUGAAGUGCUUAUUAAGCGGUAGACUUUGACACUGACAAUGGCCUUACAACUUGUGUAAAUCUCAAUGUAAUCUACUCGAUGGAUCUUCUGCAACUAUGCCUUUGUGUAAUGUCAUAGCAAUAAGAAAUCUUGUGAAAUAUUCACAUGUCUAUGAUUGUGCCUUCAAGGGUUUUACACCUAAGAAUUUACUUUUUGUGAUUACUGUAAGUCUGGAUUCCUUAAGAGCUUUUUGUUUAUACUGCUUUUAAAUUCAGAGUAUUGUAUACACUUUGAGCUUUCCAAUUGAAAUAAAGUAUAAUAAAUCUUAA